ACGGGAACAAAACGCGAAUGCUAUUUUAUCAUUUUAUUCAUGUUAGCUUUCGCAAAAUUAUAAGUUUAGUUUGUAAAAAUAAUCAGUUUAUUUAACACGUUUAGGUAUGCACAAAAAUAAACUGAGUACAGUGGGUCAAGAGUGAAAUUCGAAAUCCGUGGCGAAGGCUAACUUAAUUUUUGUGAAGUGUUUAUAAUCUUAUAAAUAUUGUAGAAUAACACAUCGACAAUGGAUAUACCAGUGCAAAUUGCAAUAAGACUGAAGCCACCUAGCAUCGCGGACUCGUUGCAGUGCAUUUUCAGCAACCCAGUGACGCAAAUUGUUAUUACCGAAAAUGGGCAAACGUUCCAUGUGAACAGGGCUUUGCCAGUGGAUUGUUCCCAAGCUCAUCUAUUUAAUUCGUUUAUGAUUCCCCAAAUAAAUUGUUUUCUGGAUGGGUGUGAUACUUCUGUCGUUAUAUUCGGUCAGCCUAAGUCGGGAAAAACCUACACUUUAUUUGGGCCAGGCUUUGAGUGCAUACACAGUGAAAGUGAUCAAGGAAUAAUACCAAGAUUUUUGUCAGAGAUAUUUCAUAGAUUGGGCCAAAUGCCAGAAAGAGAAUACAUAUUACACAUAACUUGGAUGCAAGUUAUAAAUAACAAUAUAUUUGAUGUUCUGGGCGCUGGUUUGGUAAGAUGCUGCAAUGUGGAGGAAGCUUUCCAGUACUUACAGCUCGGAUGGAGGCAACGGUGCCAAGGAAAUAAUCACACAGUAUUUACAGUUAGUAUGGAGCAGAAGUGGGUAGGCACAAACGGUGUACUCAAUCACAGAAUGUCCACAGCUAGUUUUUGUGAUUUAGCAGCUUAUCCUGAGCCCGGGCUGUUUGCCUUAGAGAAUAUAAUCAAAGAGUUGCUAGCAGGAAAUCCACCCAAACAAAUAAACUAUGACUCUUGUAUCCUCACUGCAAUGUUAAAGGAUUCCUUUGGUGGUAGAGCAUUCACUUGGGUUAUUGGAUGCAUCAGCACUGAACCUGAUGAUUAUCAAGACACACUCAAAAUAUUAAACUUGUGCCUGUGCUGCAGGGGAAUAAAGAAUUUUGUGACAGUUAACUUAUUUGCAGACAACAAUACUCCAGUAUACAAUGAGAAGAUGUCACUACCUGCUGACAAUGCAUUCAAUUUACAGUUUGCUACGACACAGUGGAUCAAGUUGGUAUCUAAUGCAGAAGGUCUCUUUAAUAGAAUUUUACAGUCAAAGUCGUUAUCUGAGUCGGACAUGAACCAAGUUAGUGAAUGGUUGUUUUUAAAGGCUGAAUGUGAUGAAUGCUUAAACAGUGAUAUCACUAAAGAAAAUAAGGAUACUGUCAUUAAACAGGGUUUACCAAGAAUAGCAGAAGACACAGAACCGAGUGAACCUAGCGAGUCAGAUGUUGAAAGUGAUUCUGAAAAUAGUGACUCUGAGACUGUGUUUCAGGAUAAACUCGAGAAACUAAUGGAAUAUUUUAGAGAAAAGAAUGACCAACUUUUUGCUAAAAGAUGUGAGGAAUAUCUGAAUCAUAUUGACUCUGAUGAUAUAACAAUCUCUGAAACUAGUGGCUCCCAGUCAUUACCAAUUUUAACAUCACAAUCCAUCUCAGGAAGAAGAAGAACUAUCCAGCCAGGUGAAAGUAUAUCUGGUGAACAAUUGGAACUUUUAAGAAAAGUUGCCGCUAAAGCUAUUUCUCCAGAAUCUCAGAAGAUCAUCAUAGAAUCUCACAAGAAUGACACAGAUCCCGAACCUAAGCUUAUAGAGAGGGAGUUGAUCAAAAUGAUUGAAACUCCCAAAACUUUAGAAAUCUGUAAAAAGUAUAAAAUAACAAAGGAGAAGUACACCCAAAAACAAAUACUCGCUAGAAAGCUCUCUAAAGAAAUAAGCAGUAGUCAGUCACAACUAAAGGAACUUAUUAAUCUGUGUAUAGCAAAACAAAGACUCAUAGAUGAACUCUCCAAGACAAGUACUAGUCAAAUGGAUCCUGAUACUAUCAAAGAAAUAAAAAGACACGAAAUUAAUUUAAAAACUUAUAAAAAGCAAAUUGAGCAAAUCAAGAGGCAAAUAAAAAAAGAUGAAAAACGAAAGAACACCCUUGAUGUAGAAUUACUCAAGGACAAAUUGAAGUUAGAUGAUCUCUCAGAAACUUCAAUGGACAAUAAAGAUAAGAAAGUUAACUCUAUUAAACAUUUUACUCAUAGGAUUACACAAUUAGAUAGUAUUUUAAAGGAAAAGACUAAUGAUCUUGCAAGUUUAGAAUUAACAAAAGAAAAUGAGUUGCUACUUAGGAAGGAGAUUAAAAAUUUACGUAAAACAAGAGAAUGUUUGCAUGACCAGCGCUGUAGUUUGGGUCACAAAAGAAAAGUUUAUAAAUCACUUUCUGAUUCAGAGGAGCGUAAAUUACUAGAGUGUGAAGAAGCAAUAGAGGCUAUAGAUACAGCAAUAGAAUACAAGAAUAACUUGAUAUGUGGCAACUCUCCAUCUGCCUCACUAUCAGACUCACAAGACAAUAAGGACGCUAGAAGCAGGGGUGAACAGAUGCUUAUGGCAAGACUUGAUAAACUGUCACAUGAUGAAAUGAAGUCCUUGUUGUAUAGAUAUUUUCAAAAGGUGGUAGAUUUACGCGGUGCGUGCGCGGCGCUGGAGGCGGGCGCGAGCGCGGCGGCGGAGGAGGUGGCGACGUGGCGGGCGCGCGCCAUCGCCGCCUGGCGACACGCGCAAAGACAGCGUCCGCCGACGCACCACAGGUGCUUAGACGGUGGUAACCCAAACCGAGCUCUAUCUCUGGGCCUGACGACAGACUCGGAAACUUCGGACGACGCGAUGCGAUUGGUCGAUCGAAUGAGACAGUUCACAAGAUACCAUCCAGCACCCGUAAUACCGAGUCAGAAUCUGCGGCAGCUGAUGCCAGCUACAAACUUACCCACUGCCAAAGUCACUAAAGAGAAGAAUAAGCUCAUAAUCGUGCAACAGAGUAAGAAGAAGUGAUACAGGCGUUUAUUUUUAUUUUCCACGUUGAAUCUCAUUUUGUUUAUAGCCAUAGCCAUAUAUUCUGUAUUAGAAUUUAAUCAAGUGCAAAUGCUUUUUUAAUUGUAAUAGAUUUAAAAUUGUAUCAAUUGUAAAUAAUAUUUUUACUAUUUUAAAUUGCUUUGCUAAGUUUUACAUGCAAAACCAUUGUUACAAAAUAUAUUAUGAUAGAUCGUAUUUUGAUCUCUGUUUUAGGCAAAAGUUAACAUACUGGCGAUUGUAGUAGGUUGAUGAUUGUUAGAAGAAGCAUUUGCUCACUGAAGAUGUAGUUUAUUGUAGUAAUAUUUUGCUGCAAUUUAAAAGCGCAAAUUCACGAAUAAUCAAAGAGACAUGUGCCUUGAAAAAGUGAGAAAUAAGUGAUGUUUAGAUAUCUAAAUUUUUGCUUGAACCAAAAUCAUUACACAACUCACAAUAAUUAACAUUUACAAAUUACUCAUCAUCUCUAAUCUCUGCCCGUAUAAUAGUACUCACCUUAUACCAUAAACUUUAUGAAAUACAAAAGAAAUAUACUGGGCAAAUGUUUUAGUGCACAAAUUGUUUAGAUGGCUUUUUAUAAUCUAGGCAGUAAUGUUAGUCAAUCGUCUUACAUAAUUUCUGCCAAGUUUCGUAUUGCAUUAUUAAUGAUUUCUCUUUAAAAAAAAAUGUUUUGUAAGUAAUCCUUGUAAAUAGGAGGCCUUAAUAAUAAUAGUCGUAAUCAUUGAAAUCGAUUCCUAACUUUAUUAUUAGUAUUUAUAGCAUAAUAUUUUGAAUAUUCUAAAGCUUUUAACUGGAGUAAUGACGCGAGCUCAAGCAAUUUUUAAAGGUGCUGUAAAUAUGUGAUGACUAUCCUAAAACGUUUAAAGGAAUGAACUAGUAAAAUUAUGUUAAUUUUUAUUAUAAAUAGUCGGUUUUCAACUUUCUAGAAGUUAUUGACGAUAACAAGUGUAUUCGUGUAGAUUUACUUUUAAGGAGUGAGCCCAUUGAGACGGGCCGUGUCGGGGCUCAGCGUG